AUGUGGACUUUCAGUAUGGAAAAGAAACAGGCCAUCUCCAUUAGUGAUAGCAAAUUUACAAGAAAUGAUACUGAUGGAGCUGAUUCAUUGGUCAUGGCCAAGCUUUAUGCAAUAUUGGAGGCUAUUGCAGAUAGAGUGGAGAUGCACGAGAAUAUUGGAGAGCAAAGAAAUACCUGGAACAGCCUACUCUUGACAUCCAUCAAUGCAAUUACACUUGCUGCUGCAACAAUGUCCGGUAUUGCUGCCACAACUGCAGUUAGUGGUGCUCCUGUAUCGGCCUUAAAGCUGUCUUCUACUCUUUUGUUUCUGUCAGCAACGGGGAUGUUCAUAAUGAAUAAAAUUCAGCCAUCCCAAUUGGCAGAGGAGCAACGGAAUGCUGCACGACUGUUUCAGCAGCUGCAUAAUCAAAUUCAGACCACCAUAGCUAUAGGCAAACCAAUAGAUAAUGAUGUAAAAGAAUCAAUGGAGAAAGUUUUGGCUCUUGACAAGGCCUAUCCACUUCCCAUUCUCGGCAUAAUGCUUGAAAAGUUCCCAUCUAAGGUAGAACCAGAGGUAUGGUGGCCUCAACAACGGCAAAGACAAGUUGGAGAGCUUACCAGUAAUGUGGAUUCCAACGGAUGGAGCUUGAAACUUGAGAAGGAAAUGAGAUCAAUUGUUGAGGUUUUAAGAAAAAAAGAUAAAGCAGACUAUUUGAGGCUGGGUGGAAGAGCCUUGAAGCUGAGCAAAUUGUUAGCCAUAAGUGGUCCUUUGUUAACUGGGCUAGCAGCAAUUGGUUCUGCAUACGCGGGUUCUUCUUCUUAUGUUGGUUACUUGGCAGCCAUGCUUGGAGUUGCGGGUGGUGCAUUAGCAAGCAUUGUCAACACAUUAGAGCAUGGGGGACAAGUUGGUAUGGUUUUCGAAAUGUACAGGAGCAAUGCCGGUUUCUUUAAACUCAUGGAAGAAUCAAUAGAAUCUAACUUGAUGGAGAGACGGGAAAAUGGUGAAUUGUUUGAGAUGAAGGUGGCUUUGCAAUUAGGAAGGAGCCUAUCAGAGCUGAGAGAUCUUGCAUCUUCUUCUUCAAUCAAAGGAACGGAUGUUGACGAAUUUGCAUGCAAGCUCUUUUAA